AUGGUGCAAAUUCAACGACACUUCGAAGGCGGAAACGCAAUCUUUGGCCCGGGUUGCGUCCUUACUGGGUACUUUCUGAAUGCGAACGUCCGCGUGACGAUCCACCUUUCCGUCAAGGCAGACGCCAAUUCCGUUCUUAUACACUGGCGACCUUCAUCAGUAGAUCGCGACCCGAACGCUGUGAGGGACACGCUGAAGGGCUUCGGACCCCUCAGAUUCUUCCAAAGAGCCGCCAGCACAUUCGGAAGCCUUUCACGUCGCGGGUAUUGGAGCAAUGUCGCCGGCUACUACCAGCCCGAACAUGCCCUCGCCGCUGUUCGCCAUUUCAGCGGGAUCCCGCAAAUGGAAGCAACUUUACUUUAUACCGCAUAUUUUACGGUAUCUAAGGAGCUUGCCGACGUGGUGCUGCUGGAUGUUGACGAUAUCAUAUCACAGACCCAGCAUGUGGAUACGGCAUGGGACGACCGCAGGCAGAAUGUGACGAUGCUUAGAAUUUCGGGUCCGAAUCGAGAGACUAUUGUAGAUCUGAAGCGAAUUCUUGAAGCAAUAUUUUCUGGCAAAGUGGCUUCGAAAACCGUCGAGAAGAAGGCCGGCUGCGAGAUCUGGCAUGAUUUCUUCGCGGGGCCGCAAGGUGACAUCUGGCUACAGCAUCUUGGCCGCGACACAGGGCUCAUUAUCGUAAGCGAUAGGGCGCAGCGACGCCUACGAAUCUACGAUCCGGAUCCAGAAGCCGGGGACGGUGACGAGCAGGCGCACGUGGUGGAGAUGAAACUAGCCGAGAAAGUGACAGAGCUAAACCUGCCUCGUGAAGCACAUACGAUCAGCCUCGACCGAAAUUCGCUCAGAAAGCUCAUCUCCUCCGAUACUGUCGCAAAGCUGCAGAAGCUCCUCGGCGCCACAAACGUCAGUCUUGAUAUUGUGUCGAAGAAACUAGUCUUAUACUGUUCUCGAGACGCUGUCUGGUUAGCCACCUAUCAGUUAGACCUGCCUCUGCCUCCCCCGACUGCCCAGAAGCCACCCCAAGCGUGCCCAGUCUGUUCAGAUAUCACCUCUGAAAUACAAUUAUCCUGCGGUCACGUCUCGUGCAGGGAGUGCUUCGAUCACCAGCUCAACGUCGCAAGCGGAGACCUGAGCUCCCAUCAUUUUCCAGUCCGCUGUUGGCACGAGAAUUGUCAGCAUCCACUUUCAAUUCUCGAUCUGCGUAGAUACGCACCAGGGACGAUGAUCGACUCUCUACUCAAGGCCUCCUUGACGUACUUCAUCCGCUCUCAUCCUGACGAAUAUCGCAAUUGCCGGAAGCCCGACUGCGCAUCGGUAUAUCUCCGCAACGGCUACCACGAAAUCUUUACGUGUCCUGCCUGCCUAACCCAGACUUGCACUCUCUGUCAUAGUGCUACUCAUGUGGGCUGGACCUGCGCUCAGUAUCAAGAGCGCGUCAAAAAGGACGAGGUGAACGAGCGCCUCCUAGAUAGCUACAAAGCGUCCGCAGGAACAAAAGAUUGUCCAAAAUGUGGCACUCUCAUUGAGAAGAUUGACGGCUGCAACCAUAUGGAGUGCAGUGGCUGUCAUGCCCAUGUCUGCUGGCAGUGUCUGAAAUUCUUCUCACGGCCUGAUAGAUGCUACGACCACAUGAACCUCGUACAUGGCGGCGAUGGACUUGAAGCCGAGGGCGACGAGGAGGGAGAGUGGAGCGACGACAGCGAAGGUACGUAUGUUGUGGCACACAUAUCCGCAUGUCUUACCUUCCACGAGAAAGCCUAUCCUGGAGGCAUCCAACACACAAAGGAACAAGGGAAUGCUUGGCCGUCCACUUCCUUCUUCCUUAUCGUGCAUUAA